AUUUAACCACCACAUUGUCGCCCGAACGAAUCCCCUCGUGUUGUUGUCUUCCGGUACUUCUCCAUCUUGUGGGUGUUCGGCAACGUGACUCUCCAGCAGAAGCGCGAGUAAAGACGCGACAAUGGCACAAGCUGAUGGUAUUAUAAAACCAAAGACCAAGCGCUCCAAGCGCUUCCUGGAGAGUCGAGCACCCAAACUGGCAGAGGAUGGAAAAAGUACCAUGAUCAUGAAAGGGGGGAACACCAAUCAAACUGUCAGCCAGGCCCUGAAGGACAUUUAUUCCCUGAAAAAACCCAAUGCUGUGCUUUACAAAAAGAAGAACAUUACAAGGCCCUUUGAAGACUCUACAUCACUUGAAUUUUUCUCUAAGAAGACGGACUGCUCUCUGUUUCUGUUUGGUUCCCACAACAAGAAACGACCCAACAACCUCAUAUUUGGUCGUCUGUUUGACUUCCACGUGCUGGAUAUGAUCGAACUGGGAAUCGAGAAGUAUGUCUCCCUGAGUGAGAUGAAGAUAAGUAAAUGUUCUGAGGGGACCAAACCAAUGCUUGUGUUUGCCGGUGAGACUUUCGACACGGAUAACGAGUACAAACGUCUGAAGAGUCUGCUCAUUGACUUCUUCAGGGGUCCUUCUGUGUCUGCAGUGCGAUUGGCAGGCUUGGAACAUGUUCUGCAUUUCACUGCUGUGGAUGAUAAAAUAUUCAUGCGGAGUUACAGGUCUCUGUUGAAGAAGUCGGGCUGCAGGACACCACGCAUUGAGUUGGAGGAGAUAGGGCCGUCAUUUGACUUUGUUUUAAGAAGAACCCAUCUUGCUUCAGACGACUUGUACAAAUUAUCUCACAAGCAGCCCAAGGCUCUGAAGCCCAAGAAGAAGAAGAAUGUUUCCCACAAUAUCUUUGGCACCAAGUUUGGUCGGGUGCACAUGCAGAAGCAGGAUCUAUCAAAGCUUCAGACGCGCAAAAUGAAGGGUCUACGGAAGAGGAAGAGGGAUGUAGCUGAGGGGGAACAGGAUGGAGAGUCUUCUAAAGUGGCCAAAAUGGAGAGCUGAGGUAUCAGAUGGGACAGCUGGACACGCAGGUCUUGCCCUGUGCAAGACCACACAGUUUUUUCCACAUGUAUAGUGUCACCUUCCUCCUCAUCACCAACUUUUUUCCUGCCUCCACCAGCAAGAAUCCACCUAAUUACCAGGCUAAGGCAGAUUACCUUGUGACUAUUAUGGAAGUAAAGUAACUUCAACAUCCCCUUAACAUAAGGGAGACUCCUUUUAUUAUGAAUAAAAAAAGUCAUUCAAUUUAGUAACUAAAGUGUAGGAAUGUGUUUAAACAUCUUGAAACAUUUUAAUUCAGGUUGGUAUGAAAGUGUCUUUUUUUGGAAAAAAAUAAAAGAAUUGUGAGAUAAGA